GCAUAAGGUGAUAUGUGCUGCCGCCGGUGUUUACAGGCUCCCUCUGCUCCGUCUUCAAGUAUUUCUUAUUCAAGUUCCUUCGUGCGCUCAUCAAGCCCGACACAUUCAUCAACUUUUUUUUUCCCCUCUUCGAAUCGCAGCAUCGAAUAACCCACCGAGAAGAAAAAUGUCUCCCCUUCGUCCGCUGGUCCUCUCGGCCUUCUUCCUCGUGCUCGGCUUUCUCUUCAUCAUUCUCGCCUGCACAGCCGUCGCGCAGCGCAAUGCGUGGCCGCUGAUGUCGCUGGUCGCAUACUGCUUCGCGCCUGUGCCGUUUUUUCUCUGUGGUCGCAGCGCAGACGGCGACGACUUCGGCGACGACGAGGAGCCGCUUGACGCCUUCAACACAAUAGGUCUCUUCGUCGGUGGUAUGUUGCUCGUGUCCGGGCCUGGGCUGGCCGUGGUGCUCUACCACACCGCCGUCAUCAGCCGACCAGCUCUGGUUCUAGCUCUUCUGGGGGGAUGCUUUUUUGUAGCCGCCGCCGCGGUUCUUUGCGUGAAGGCGGAGGGUGAAGAGGAAGACGACGGCUACGAUUUUUAA